AAAACCGUUAAUUAUUACUUUACUAAUUUUGGUAUGUUUCUCCACUAGUACUCUCUCUCUCUUCAUCAAUGGCGUUUCUCUCCUCUUCUUCACCGACGAUGCAGAAAGGAAUAUUCGUUAGCGUUCCGGUACUUGUCCUCUCCGUGUCCUUCGCAGCUGCUGUCAUCUUCCUCCUCACCUCUUCUCUCUCCACCUGCUCCUGUCCUUCUUCUGUAUCUUCUCCAAACGACGUCGUUGGAAGCGUUAGUGACGUGAGAUUAGAGGAGAAGAUAUCUACGACGCGGGAGGAUGUAGAGUGGGUUAGAGAUCUGAUUAGAUCCAACGGUUUGCAUAUGCAGAAGAAUGAGCUUCGUAAAGGGAUCAAUCCUCGCACUAGAGAUCAACAACUCGCAGAUCUGAUUCAGUACAAGGGCAUAUCCCAUUACGAAGGAGACAACCACACAGCUCUUCCAUGCCCCGGUGAGUUACUAGUCGAGCAGCACCACAGCAACUACGGCGAGCCGUGGGCAGGUGGACGCGACGUAUUCGAGUUCUUAGCCCAAUCAUCCAACCUCAAACCAAACUCUCGCGUCCUCGAAAUAGGCUGCGGCACGUUACGCGUGGGUUUGCACUUCAUCCGCUAUCUCAACCCCACACACUUCCACUGCCUCGAAAAGGACGAGCUCUCUCUGAUGGCUGCUCUAAGAUACGAGCUCCCUUCUCAAGGUCUUCUCCACAAACGGCCUCUUAUACUCAGAGGCGACGAUAUGGAGUUCAGCAAGUUUGGGUUAGAUACAGCUUAUGAUCUGAUAUACGCGAGUGCGGUGUUUCUCCACAUGCCUGAUAAGCUCGUGUGGACUGGUCUCGAGAGGCUGGUGGAGAAGUUAAAGCCUUACGAUGGGAGGAUCUUCGUGUCGCAUAAUGUUAAGUUUUGUUCGAGGUUAGGUGGAGACGAGUGUGCAAAGAAGCUAGCGAGUUUGGGGCUUGAGUAUCUUGGUAAACAGACGCAUGAUAGCUUGUUGUUUAAUCAUUACGAGAUCUGGUUUGGGUUUAGACGGGUGAAACAAUAGAUGUUACAUUCGGUUUUGUUGACACGUCAUUGAUUAGGGACUUUUAAGGAGCCUUUUGAGAUUGUUUUUUUUUUGUGAAGAAAAGGAGAGAACGUCUAGAGAUGAUGUGGACUUACAGAGAAGGCUCUUUAUAUCAUCAUUGCUUCUUUUACCUUUUGUGUGUUGUGGCUAGAGGGAUACAUGUAUUGGUUAUAUAAUAGCCAAAUGGGUAUUUGUUUAUUCUGUAACUGAGCACACAAGAGACAAGUUCUCUCUCAUAUUUUAGAAGUUGUCAAGUACAAAGAAGGCUCUUCAUCA